CGUCCGUGCACGUAAUACGUCGCAAGUACUGACGUACAGUACGUCUCCAACUCUCAGGAAAACUUUACCCGGUUUCCCGUCAGCAGAAAUCAGUGGGUGUUUCACAUGAUGGAAGACGAUUCACCUUUAAUAACUUGUAGUGAUGAAUAUCGACUUCUUGAAACAUACUGCCAGAAGAGGAGGAAGCCCCGCGCCAGAUCGGUCCAAAGUGCCUGUAUGUACAGACUGGAGGCACGAUCAGGUGAUGAGCAAUUUGGUGAUGUGGCUGAAAAACUCACCCAGAUUGUAGACAAUGGACUCCUUGAUGAAGAACUACUCCAGACUGUAGACAAAAGACUUAUUGUUGACGAAGGGCUAGAGUCAGCUGGUGGUGUUAAAGAUGUUGACCAAGAUGUUAUAGACAAGCUUGUUGACUUACUGAAGAAAUCAGGGGACAACUUAAAUGAAAGGAUUCAGAGCAACCAUGAGCUUUUAGGAUACCUGCAGCGUACGUUCUCUUACGACUUGUUUAAAAAAGUGACCGAAGCCUUCAUCACGAGUGUGGUGCCAGAAUAUCUGCAGAGCAGAAGGAAACGUGAGCAGAUCGCCCUGGCCUUUGAGGUCACCAGCAGACUCAAAGCCCUGGACCUACACCCCAUGAACAGGGCCAUGGGAUACGGAGCUCAGUACCUGCAGGAGUAUUUCGCUCCCUGGGUUAAACAGCACGGUGGUUGGGAGAAAGCCUUUGACGAGGACGAUGAUGAAGAAGUCCACUGACAAGAUACACUGUGAAAUGGAUGGUUAUUAGUAGUCAAUGUGAUAUACAGUAUAUUGAGGAAUAU